UACCAGAUGGCGCGAUGAAAUUAGUGAAGACGUACAAUAUAGCAUUAAUAUAAUAAAAAUUAUUAAAAUUAUUAUGCUCGUUCAGCAGACCGAUAUUAAUUCCAAUCCACAAAGUGUACGUUAUUCACCGUUAAAACAUCAAAUUUUGGUUGAAACAGAACUGCAUUCUCAAUUUUGGUGUCGUCCCAGUGUACCCGAAACGUUUGUACGAGAAUUUCUAUCGCUUUAAAUUCCCUUCUAUCCGGCUGACAAUUAUCAUACUUUCUUCUUUCUUCCCAUGAAUGGUGAAAAAACUUAUUUAUUAUCAAAUGUACUUUUCUGAUUUACUGAUUCCAACGUUUUCAAGAAAUAAUUUUUGUCUUCCUUCAACGAAUGAAAGAAGUCAUCGAUGAUAGUCCGAUUGUGCAUACAUAUAUUGAAGAUGGAAAUCUCAUUAUCAAUGGCGAUUGCAGAAAGAACAUAAGAUCACAUCCGCUGGUUAUGCGAGCUAAAAUAUUUAUAAAUUCUGAUGUAAAAUACAAGAUGGAAACGGGGUCGCUAACUGAUCGCGCCUGGCUGGAGAGAAUCCAGAAAUCAGGCAGAAAGCGCGGUGGGUAGUCGGCGUUAUUGAGGUUGUCGAUGGAAAUGCAAAUGGCUGUCAUCAUGAUGUAGUUCGGGUCUUAUUUUUCCUUGCCUUGAGACACAAACAAUCGCGAAAAUGUUGAAUCCCCUUAGAAUACAAUAUUCGUAAUGGCGCUACGGAUGAAGGUUAAGCUUGCGGUUUUGUGUGCGUGAAUUAAAGGCGGGGUAAGUGUACAAAGUACGCGGGAAAAUCUUCCUCAUGGCUGGAUACACGCGCCUUCCAGUUAAACUCAUCCGGUAACUGAUCCGAAGUACGUAAGCGCAAACAAUUAGCAAUUAAUCGAUAAUACGUAUUUCUUUCCAUACGUAAUCAGUUAACAUAAGUAAAUCUAAGGUAUUUCCUAUACGAUUAUUAAUUAAAGUGAUUUAUGCUUAUCGUAGUACACUAAUAAUCACGAGCGGAAGAUAAACAAUAGUGUCUACCGUGCCGCGUGCUUUCGAGCUUAAUUACACCAUGAUGCGUUGUUAUUCAGUUUUCUUAAAUAUAUAUAUUUUUUUGUAUUUCUAUCACCUUUGUUCGUAGAUUAAAUUUUCUUCUACUAUCGCGUCGAUUACAAGUGCGUGGAUUAUUCGAAGAAGACGUGCACGUGUUUCUUUAACCGAUCUGAUACGUGUUAUUUCGCGUUGCGAUUAUAUGAGUUUAUCAAACAAUAAAGAAUAAGUGGUAACAGCGAUAGUUAUGCCAGCUGUAAGUGUUUACGAUCCUGUUGCGGCAACACUCCGCCGUACUUUAGAAGGUAACCAAAGGAAAGCAACAGACGAGCUAUCUACAAGUUUACUUGUUAGCGCAUCAAAAAUUCUUCAGGGAGAAGUUCAAUAUAAAGAAGUUGAUGAUUAUCAGACAAAAAUUUUGGAUCAACUCAAAGCUAAAUAUAUUGUUUUGAGUUUACCAAAUUCGGAUAAUCUAGAAGAUACAAAAUCUAAAGAUGGUACAACGUAUGUAAAAAAAAACGAAGGUAUGAGUAAAGGUCCUACAUUGCCAGAACCAGCUGUUACUUUGUAUUGCUCCAAGAAAGUAAAUCUAGGAUGGAGAGGAACAUUUCCAGUAGGUGCUGGCAUGUAUAAUGUUGGUAAUACUUGCUAUCUAAAUAGUACACUUCAGGCAUUAUUUCAUGUGCCAGCACUUGUAAAUUGGUUAUUAUCGGAUUCACAUCAUACCUCAAAAUGUGAACAAAAUGAUGGAGGUGGAGAGUGCCUUACUUGCGCAGUGGCCAAGACUCUACAAUUCAGUCAUCAGAAGUCAGGAUGCGCCAUCAAACCAUUCUAUAUAUAUAAUAAAUUAAAACUUAUCUGUCGAACUAUGGUACCAGGACAACAAGAAGAUGCUCAUGAAUUCCUACGUUAUUUAUUAGAAGGAAUGGAACGAGCUUAUCUAACAAGACGUAAAGCAGGAAAGUUAGACAGUUAUUCUAAAGAAACAACACCUAUCAAUCAAAUAUUUGGUGGUUAUAUACGCACUGAAGUUAAGUGCUUACAAUGUGGGCAUGUUUCUACUACGUUUCAACAUUUUCAGGAUUUAUUGGUCGACAUACGUAAAGCGAGCACAUUGGACGAAGCGUUAAAUAGUUAUUUCAGUCGAGAACAGUUGGACAAUAACGAUUAUAAGUGUGAAGCUUGUAAGAGAAGAGUACCCGCGACUAAACAAUUUAGUUUAGAAAGAGCUCCUAAGGUUUUGUGUGUUCAGUUAAAAAGAUUUAGUGUCUUGGGAGGGAAAAUAUCUCGUCAUAUAGAUUUUAGACAAACAAUAGAUAUGGGUCCUUACCUAUGGAGAGAACCAAAUGAACCUUUGCUGCAGCUCACUUAUAAGCUUAUGUCAAUUGUUACACAUAUGGGCCCAUCAGUAAAUUGUGGGCAUUAUACAGCAGUUGCACAAAUUUCAACUGGUCAAUAUUACUCCUUUGAUGAUUCAUGCGUUCGUCCAAUUAGUCUUAGCAAUGUAUUAAAUACAAAUGCAUAUAUAAUGAUAUUUGAAAUGGAACCUAAUCAAGGUCAAAUAAAUAAUCAACAGACAGUUAAGAUGAAUGGCAUGUCAUCUGAAAAAAGUGUAUUAUCUUCAAGUCCUUCUAGUAAGCCUGUAAAUCCAAAGGCAUCAACGUCUGACAUAUACAAUGGAUCUGUUAAUGGUUCGCCCAUCAAUAAAAGUGGUAUAGAAGGUUCAAAGAUAGGUGCACAAUUAUCCAUACAAAAGAACAUAGGACUUCAGCUUCCUCUACAGAAGUGUACAAGUAUCAGUGGAACACAACUGUCACAAAAGUCACAAGAUAAAUCUCAACCAUGGCUUGCAGUGCAGUUUAAGAAAGUAUUAAGUGGAAAUAGUUUAGUACCAUAUGACGGAUCAAGCGAAGAGGAAGAGAUUAAUACUUCUGCAUCAAAUAAAAAUCGUGUAGUAACGAAUGUGUCUACAAUGAAAACAAAUCUUUCGCCUACUGUAGCUAAUGGUGCACAGAAGGUAUCUACAGUAAAAGACUCAAUACCUAAAACAGUUCCUACCUCAAAAGAAACACAAAUAUUAACGACGAAGCAGUCUAAUAAUUCAACGUCUUCAAGUCAAAGUAAUUCUGUUCAGUGUACGAAAGUACAGAAUGUUUCUAAUGGUAAUAGUUCAUUAACUUCCUUGAAACAUCAAAAUGGUAAAUCAGAAAUAAAUGGUAAGAUUGAAAAUAGUAGCAAGGAAAAAUCUUAUCAUCCAAUUAGAGUAAAAACAGGCCAAGAAGAAAAAGUACUUACCAAAGCUGCAAGUAGCAGUAUAAAGGGUUGGCAAGUAUCAAAGGAUGCAUUUUCUCCUAUAUCAAAUGCAACCCCAAAUGGAUGGUCUGUGACUGAUAACAAAGAAGAUUCAACUAAAUGCAGUCAAAGCAAUGUAACACCAAGUGCUGCAGCAUUAAGAGAUUUUAAUGGAACAAAUCGUUCGGACACUGUCUCAAAUUUAUUGAAAAUGUCCCAUCGCGGAUAUGGCAGUUCCUUAGUAACAAAUUGGCGUGGCAAUAGAUGUCAUUUAGAACGUGAAGUUGAUAAUGACAGACGAGAAGAACGUAAACGUCACAUUAAUGCGGACGAUGAGGAAGCAGAUCGAGGUCGAGUAAAAAAAGUCAAAGAACACAGAAUGUUUGGUGAUAGAAUAAGUACCGGAUAUAAUUUAUUCCAAGAGUAUCAAAAUGGGAAGACUUGGAAUCGAUCAAUUAGUGGUUACCAUCGAGAAUCUUAUUAUAAUGCUUCCAAUAAUACGCGGCUACGACGUAAUAGUAAUUAUAGGCAUCCUCGUUAUAGAUACCACAAUAAUUCUCGCGUACAUUGGCAGCGUGGAUAAAAGAAAGCAAAAAAUUAUAUGAAAUAGCCUCUACAUUCUGAUGUUAUGGGAGAUAUGGUAUUAGUUCGAAGUUGCUGAUCGAUAUACAGUUUCACUGUCUAUUGAAAGUAAACUGUCAAAGCCUAUGUCUCAGCGCUGAUUUAGAUUAUUAAUUCAUAAAGUAUCUCAGUGUCAGAUAUAUAAUGUGGUUCAUUUAUUGCAUUUUAACUCUUGCAUGUUCCUAAAGAGUUCAUAACGUGGUUUGAUUUUUUUUUCUUCUUUUAUUUUAAAGAUGAUAUAUGACUAAUGAUAAGGAGGUUGAGUAUCGAUAAUACAUAUAUAUAUACCAAUUUUGUGUUCAAAACAAAUGUAAAGAAUUAUUAUUAUUAUUAUACAUUUUACUAUAAAUGCUUGAGUUUUACUUUUACAUGAUAUUUAAAUAUGAAUGCACUUUGUAAAAUUUCUAUCAUUUAAAAAAAUUAUUUUUGUUUUCUUUUUUGCUGAAUUGAAGUAGGUUCAUGUAUAAAGAUAAAUUUAAAUUCAUAUAAUUUAUAACUACAGGAACAUAAUUGUUUUCUUAAGAAUUGAAUAUGCUCAUUUAAAGUGUAAAAUAAUUUUGACUUAUUUAUGUGAUACAUUAAUUUGUUGAGAAAUAUAAUUCAUUCUAAAAGAAUUAUUACAAAAAGACAGCACCUGGAUAAAAUAGCACUUCUUUGAUAUUACAGAUAUUACAUUUAAAUACUAAUACAAAUAAAUAAUGCUAUCCGUCCUUCAGUCUUUAUCAGUGAUACUCGCCUCCUGUUCUGUAAUUUGUAUUUAUAUGCAAAGAGAUUAUUUAAUGUUUUAGUAAGAGACACACCAAUCUGAAAAAUUGUUCUUUCUUGCACAUUUCCUUAAUAAGAGUCAAUAAAUUCUAUUUUAAAAUAAUUGUGGUAUCUAUUUCGUUUAAAAGUAAUUUUGAAUCAAUAUCUGUUAAUAUUUGUGUGUAAAUUGUUUCUUAAAUAAUAAACUAGACUCAAUAUUGAAAUAAUGUCCAUAAUGGAUUGAACAUAUUAAAUAUUAGCUUUAAAGGUAAUCGUAAUAAAAUAUUAGUUCAAGAAAAUUGUAAAUUACUUAGAUUCGUAAGUAUAGGACUUUUCAAUAAUAAGAAACAAGGAUUAAGAUUGCAAAACUAUAGAGAAUUUGUUAAGUCAAAUGUGAAGUAGAUCCUGUCUGCUUUCACUUACAAUACCUCGUUACAUCAUUUUACGAAUUAAAUACUAGCCAAAAGAUGUCAUUAGUAUCUCAUAUUGUAAAUCGCCGUAGAAAUAACAAUCAUAAAAAAAAUGUCAACUUUAUGUACAAGAUAUAAAUCUAAAAAAAAAAUUCAUUUGUAUUUGCCAUUAGAUUAAUUUACUGAAAUAAAACAAAAGUAUCUAGAAAAAA